UUCUUUACUCAUUAUGCCCUGCACACAUCUAUGCGUGACUGAUAUCUCGUAAUAAGUAAGGAAUGCUUGGGCUCUUCAUUAACACUCUCUGGAAUUAGAUCUUCAGACGUGUAGCAAUUUUGCUCAGCAUCUUAAAGGGGGAAAUAAAUAUGUCUGAACCCGUCAAAGAAGGAGAGACACCAAAUCAGAAUGGCGAAUCUGAUGCCGCCUCCAAACAACCACCUAGCUAUGGAGUCGACGCCUCGGGACAACCUGUAGCCGGUCAACCCAUGAUGGUGCCCGGCCAACAAAUGAUGGCGGGUCAACCAAUGGGAGCACCCGGUCAACCCAUGAUGGCACCUGGCCAGCAGAUGAUGGUACCAGGCCAACAGAUGGGAGCACCCGGACAACCAAUGAUGGCACCUGGCCAGCAGAUGAUGGUACCAGGCCAACAGAUGGGAGCACCCGGACAACCAAUGAUGGCACCUGGCCAGCAGAUGAUGGUACCAGGCCAACAGAUGGGUGUACCAGGACAAUACGCUUACUACCCCAACGCACAGGGCCAGGUACCCAUGGUGGUGGGCCAGCAACCCGGUAUGCCGAUGCCGGUGCAGCUGAUGCCAGCACCACAGGCUAUUCCCGGGUGCCCACCUGGUUUGGAAUACAUGGUUCAGUUGGAGCAGCUCCUUGUUCAUCAGCAGAUCGAGCUGGCAGAAAUGAUCACUAAUAUCAACUUUGAGAACAAAUACAUGAUCAAAAACAGCAUGGGACAACAGGUCUAUUUUGCCAGAGAACACUCUGAUGCGUGUAUGCGUAUCUGCUGUGGACCUGCUCGAGGGUUCGACAUGACUAUAACUGAUAAUAUGGGACAGGAGGUGAUCAAAAUCACUCGAAUCUUCAAAUUGUGUGCUGGAUGUUGCUGGUGUUCUCAGGGUACCAACUAUUGCUCCUUCUUUAUCGAGGUUGAAAGCCCACCCGGAACGACCAUCGGAUACAUUAGGCAAAGUCGAAGCUUUGCAUCGCCGCACUUCGACGUCACAGACGCUAACGACCAGACGCAGCUUAAGAUCCGUGGUCAUUGGUGUCGAUGCCAGACUAUCUGUUGCACAGCAGACAUCGAAUUCAAGAUAUUCACAAAUGACUUGAAGACUCAGGUUGGAAAGGUCUCAAAGCAAUGGGGUGGCUGGCUAAGGGAAAACUACACACAAGCAGACAACUUCGGAGUUGAAUUUCCUGCCGAUCUGGAUGUGAAAACGAAAGCUCUGCUCCUAGCCAGUACCUUCCUCAUCGACUUCAUGUUCUUCGAGAACCCGCAGCAGAACAAGCAAAAUUAUUGAAGAGAAUGACCCGUCAACUACUUCUUUCGUAGGCCAUGAGAAGCAAGCAACACAUUUUUAAAACUUUAGUUGUCUGUUGCAUGAUUGCCCUCUAUUUUUUUUUAGCUGCAGUGAACUUAUUCAUGCGUCCAGCUUCCCCUUGUAAAUAUUCAUCGGUUACUGGUAAUUUGCACCGUUCUUUAAUUUCAUGAUUUAGAUUUAGAGAUUUUUUAAUAUAUAUUUAUAUAAAUACAGUGUGUAAAUGUUUUCUUUGUAUAUUACAUGUGAUGUUUACUUGGGAUGAAAAUCUCAUAACUUUUUUGGAAAUCAUACUGUAAAUACGUAAUUUUGUUUAUCUGUUUAUUGUAAUUACCGUUAUGAUGCUAAUAAUCAAUGUUAGCUGGAACCACACUAUCACUGUAUAUUUCCGCCCAGCUGAAUUUACCAGCGUGUUGGAAUAUACAUGUUUUACCAUGCCUCCUUGUAUAUACCACGCUACAUCAUCUUUAAUAAAUAGAUAACCAUGAUAACAGUAAGUCCGAGAAUAUCUCACUGAGCACGCCAGACAUAUUUUUUUAUCGCAGUUAGUAAUACAUUUAAUUAUAUGAUGAUGAUGAUGAUAAUAAUAAUAAUAAUUUAUUAAUAUUCUUAUUAUGAUAAUGACAAUAAAAAUAAUAAUAUUAUUGGUAGUAAUAAUUAUAACCAUGGCAAUAAUAACCAUGACGAUAAUAGUGGUUCUUCUAAAACUAUGAUGAAUGUCUGUCAGACUUAACACUCCUUCUGAUCCAAAAUGAGAUAAAUAUGUACAUGUAUUAAUAUAAAUUGAAUUCGUACGUUUGCAUAUAAUAUGAAUAUUGGUGUCAUGUAAAAUAAUAUACCAAUAUGCCUGUAUAAGAUCUUCUUUUUUUCGGAACGAUUUAACCGGUAUAACAUUUCCAAGUGUCAUAAAAUGCUACGAAAUUGUUGUUUGCGCCUAAGCCCAUCACACAAUAAACGAUCCUUCUCUGAUUUAAAAAAUAAUCGCAAUACCACUAGAUACGGAAAAUAAAAAUGUAAUUUUCAAAGAUGAUAUUCUGACUAAUAUGUAUGUACAACAAUUUGAAUUAUAGUGCACUGCAGCUUUGCAGUCCAAAUAGAGAAUAAAUCAAUUUAAUAUCGUUUACAAUCCCAUAUCAAGUCUCUGAUGUCAACACGAUCCUCGGCCAAUUUGGAUUCUUCUUCAUCAAGAAAGUUUUCGAUCCUUUAUAAUUUUACUAUUCACAUGACUGUCUAGAACAUUGAUCGUCCAGGUGUUGUAUAUUUGAAUGUUCAUAUGAAAUGCUAUUGAUAAUUCUUCAAACAUCAGAUUGCAGGCAGAUCGUAUAGUAAGGUAGGAUUAAAUGUACAAACGAGACUUUAGAUUAUUCAUUUACUCAAUUUCGUAUUGUUCCUUAUCUCUCUCUUAGAAUGCGAUACACAAUGUUUAGUAUGUUUUUAUAUCCCUUUAUAUUACCUUGUAUUCGGGAAACUUAUAAACCUUUAUUAGAAUUUUCUUUGUAUGAAAUUGAUCGUUGUACUAUAUAUUUUGAAUGUGAUUAUUAAAAAAAAUCUACAAAUAAACA